GGGGACAAGAAAAGAAAAGAAAAACAACCGCUGCGCUGCAGGCCGCCACACGCUCUCUCGCGCCACUCCCCGCCUCCCGAUUCCCCGGCCGCCGCCGCCGCCGCCGCCGAGUCCGACCAUGCACGCGGCAGCUACCGCCCCGGCGCUGGCGCCGCCCGUCCUCCUCCCCCUCUGCCUACCCACCGGCGCCGGCUCCUCCGCCCGGCCGCGCCGCGCCGCCGUCCGGUGCGAGCUUGCCGCCGCCUCCGCCUCCUCCGCGGCGCCCGCGGCCGCUCCCGGAUCCGUGGCCGCCCCCCGCUGGGCCCAGACGACGGUCGUCAUCCCGCCACAGCGCCGCGGCUGCCACAUCAUCACCCACAAGAUCAUGCACGCGAUCAGGAGCGACCUCUCGGAGUUCAAGUGCGGCCUGGCGCAUCUCUUCUUGCACCACACGAGCGCUUCACUCACUCUUAAUGAGAACUACGACCCCGAUGUCCAAACUGACACUGAAACAUUCCUUAGUCGAAUUGUCCCAGAGGGUCCAUCUGCUCCAUGGAGGCAUACCAUUGAAGGAUCUGAUGACAUGCCAGCACAUAUCAAAUCAUCAAUGUUUGGCUGUGCCUUGACAAUUCCUAUCACUGACGGGCGUCUCAACAUGGGAACUUGGCAGGGUAUAUGGCUCUGUGAACACCGUGAUUACGCUACUCCUCGCACAAUUGUGAUUACACUCAGUGGGAUAUGAGUGGUCAAUGCUUGGAGCGGCAAAUACAGUGUUGUGAUUCUGAUGUGCACUGAAAUUGGAACUUUGCUCCAACUGUUAUAUGAGCUGCCCUGACAUAUCUUAUUUGUAAUCUUGUUUGGGUAGUUAUGUACAAGUGGAAUAAAUAGUAGAUUUUCUGAGCUCC